AGAGAGAGAGAGAGUAUCAUCAUCUUACAAAGUGAACUAAAACAACAGAGGAAAUUCGUGAGGAACUUACAGAAUAAGUCGCCUUAGUGUGUGGUAUAUGCAUGCCAUGCAAGCUAUGAUAACAUUUUCGUAUGUUGACAGUUAUUAUAUACAUUCCAGCUUUUAUAAUAUUUUCUUUAUGUUGCAGAUAAUUGAGAAGCUUGUAGAUGUGGUUUGCUAUAUACGUCAAAUUGUAGAAGUUUUUGGCAACAAUCGUAAUAUGAUUAUUUGUACUUUUGGCCUUCUACUUCUGGAAAAUCAAAACUCAACUAUCAUAUGGACUAAAGAGUCUAAACAAACAAUAGGUCUCAAAGAAAGUGAACGGAGGCAGGGAAGAGAACGAUUAGGUGAAGCUGGUCUUUCAUUAAGAUUGAUAGUGUGUCACUUGUAAAGCUUCUCUUCCACUCUUGUUUUGAUAUUAAGAUGGGAUUUAUAUGCUCUGGUUGAAACUGAUCUUUGAAGUCGCACCUAGCUCUCUCCCCCGACUUCACCUAUAAAAACAAACUCUCCAAAGCAUAAGGUUUGGUCCUAAUCUAAGCAAGAGCCAAGAGUUCAUCGGCUUGAAGAAGAACAAGAAAGGAAUCAAGAUCUGAGCACUGAGCAGAAGUACAGGAAACUCUCCAAAGGUUGAUCUUUAAGGUGAGAACUCUUCAAGUGAUGAUACAAAUCUUCUGUAUUUACACAUUCUUUCAUUGUUGUAUGUAACACAACAUAAGGAUAUAAUAUAACACUAAUGUAUUCGUUGAAACAAAACAAAGAAACACAUUAUGGUUGGUUUAGUUGGAUUUAUGUUUCAGGUCAACUGUUUUCUUUUGUUUCCAUCAACUCCUCAGACAACCUUAAAGUAGCUAACAACUCCAUGUUGGCUUGUCUAUAAGAUUGGAUGCAUAGUAAACCGGAAAAUGGACACAAAAAUAAACAUGACAUUCACCAAAAUCCAAAAUAGGAUGAUCACUAUCAUUCUUCUAUGCCUUCUUGUUUCAUCAUCUUCAGAGGCUGCUCCACAAACCCAACUAGCCAUACCAUUAGAACCAACAGGAGAAGUCAUCAGUUCGCCAAAAAAACCACUAGGUCUUCCUGUUGAGAACCAGAACCAGCCAAUUCUUGGUCAACCAUCUUCUACAUCUUCUGUAAACCAGCCUUUAACCGGAUCAAAUCAACCAUCAACCGGAUUUAAUCAGCCAUCAUCAACUGAACUCAACCAACCGAUUCUUGGUCAGCCAUCUUCUUCUUCUGUAAACCAACCUUUAACCGGGUUUAAUCAACCAUCAUCAACUGGAUUCAACCAACCAUCCUCUAAUUCUGCUCUCAGUCGGCCAUUUGCUAGUCGAACAAACCAAAACAGUCUCUCUGGAAACAAUGUUCCAUUUAUUAAUGGAAACUCGAAGCUGGAUGUCUCCACUACAAAGAUUGUCUUUAUCUGCAUUGCUUUUCUCGUAGCUUUACACGGUACAGGCAUAAACUGAACUGAACGUAUACAUCAUAUGGCGCUUCUGUAUACGUUGGUUUUUCACUAUUAUAUUUGUUCUACAACUUGUCUUUUUCCGUCUUGGAUUCUAGUUGAAGAGUGUGUAACUUGUUACAUGUACAUUACGGGAGUGUAUUUACAUUUUCUUUUUCUUGUUAUUGGAUUAGUAUUCGAUUUUGUGUC